AUGUACUGCUUAUUUCCCAUAAAAUAUUUCAAACGCAAAUCAAGAAAUUUUAUUGAAUUAAUGAAUGAAAGUAAAACAGAAACUAAUGAUACUGUAAUCAUGAUAAUUUUUUCAUUUCAAAGGAUAAGUUUAUUAUUCGAAAUUGAUAAAUUUGCAGAAAAACCAUAUGUUGAUUUUAAAUUACAAAUAUUGGAACAAUUAUUAAAUUGGUUUACUCUAUAGAGUCCAAUCUAACUAAUAGAGAGUUCAAAUCUAAAUAAAAUUUUAUCAUACAUAAUUUGUAUAUAUUUAUGGAUGAUCAUCACAAUAAUAUUUACAAAGUUAUAAUUGAAAUAUUCAUUAAGAAUCUUCUUUACUUAUUAUUAAUUAAUAGUACUUAUGCCAAUAAUUAAACACUUAAAUAAUCAAAUAUAUGAUGAUUUCGUUAUAAGUAUCAUAAAUUAUUUUGGUAUAUUUAUUUGUUACAUUCUUUAUUUCUUAGUGAAUAGGAAUUAUUUAUUGCCUUAAUAAAAUGAAUUUCUAAGAAGAUAUACUUAUUUUAAUUUUGUCCUAAUAAUAAUUGAUGUUGUAUUAUUAAUGAUUGUGAAAUCCUAAGUGAAUGAAUUUAUUUUAUCAAUCUUAUUGAUAUUGAUGAAUUUGUUAUUUUUAAUUGACUCAUUCAUAAUUAGACCAUAUUGUAAUGAGAUUAAUUAAAAAUAUGUGAAUGCCACUUCAUUAAUGUUUUUUAUUUCUCUUAUAAAAUUGGUAUCUUUUAAGAUAUCAUAAACAGAAGUAUUUUACUUUAUAUUAAUACUUUCCCCUUUAUUAGUAUUGAUAAUAAAAUAACUAUAUAGACAAUAGAUUAAUAAGUUAGUAUAUAAUUCAUAAAUGAGUUAAGAAAAGAUGCUUGCAAUAAUAGAUAUUUUGAAUUCGACUAAAACAAAUUAAAUAUAUUUAUAUUCUGUAUUAUGGAAUGUUGAAUAGAAACAUGGUAUUUGUAUUGAAAAUGAGAAUCUGUUAUAAAGAGUUUAGUAAACAGUUUUGAAUCUUAUGAAUUUAGUUAUAGAAUAAAUAAAAACAAAGGAUUGGAUAGUAAUGGAGAAUCUUUAACUUUAUAAAAUUAUGUAUAUCAUAAAUUAAUGUAAGAAAACAUAAUUGGGUUAUAUAGAAUUAAAACAUUAUAUGACCAAUUCAAAGAAGUAAUCUUUUUAUUUUACAGUUAUUUCAAAUAUAUUGCAAGAGAAAAUGGCAUAGAAAAACAAAAGAAUUUAAAGUGGAGAUAAAGAGAAGAAAUUAUAAUUAUCGGAUAUUCGUAAGGCUGAAUUACUAUAUGAAGAUAAUUUAAGUUUAAUGAUUUAAAUAUUGGAUACAAAAAUAAAAUUUUGGAUUGAAUUAGAUAAAGGGUAUUAAAGAAUUGAAGAUUUUGCUUAGAGUACUUAUAAUUUAAGUUAAAAGAUUUGGUAAUUAAGAGAUACAUUCUUUUCUUGGUUUGAAAUUUAACCUAUGAAAUUAUAAACAAGAUUAACACAUUUCAAUAUUUUAGAAUUAAAAUUAUUAGGAAUUUUAUAUUCAGCCAUAUUAAAUGAUUAUCAUUCAACUUUAGAUAUAGAAUAACGUAUAGAUGAAAUAAUGUAAUUUGAAAGAAAUGUAUAAAAUGAUGAUGUUAAUAAUUUAACAAUAUUUAAUAAUGAAUUGAUAAUGAUUGCUACAAGUUUUGCAAAAUAAAAAAGUUUAAUCUUAAAUAGAAAUAGAGGACAAUUGGCUGAAUUCUUUGGAUAUAAGGACGAAAAGGAUUUUUAGAAUAUACUUUAUAUUGAACAAUUGAUGCCAACUUAUAUUUAACAGAUUCAUGAUAAGAUUAUUCAAAGAUAUAUGAAGAAAGGAUAUUCAUUAUUAAUUGAACAUUCCAAAGAAGUUUAUGUGAAAAUGAAAAAUAAUUUUAUUAAACCUGUCAAUAUUAGUUUACUUCAUAUGUUUGAAAAUGAAGCAGAUUACAUUGUUACAGGUGCUUUAUAAAAAGUCAAAUAAAGUUAAGAAUUUCUUAUUUUUGAUCGUCAAGGCAAGAUUUUAGGUAUAAGUGAAUAAAUCUUUGGUAUUUUAGGUUAAGGAUUUACUUUAGAAUAAUUAUUAAAUAAAGGAUAUGUAUAUUUUUGGUUCUAGGAUAUAUUUGAAUAAAUUUAUUAAGAAAAGUAAUUACUCUUAUAAUAAUCAGAGUUGUUAACUAGAGGAAUUCCAAAAACACAUAUUAUAUGUCCUAUCAAUAAUUUCAAUUUAUUAUGCUAAGAUCAUGAUUACACAAAAAUAAAUAGUACUGUUAAAAUUCAUGAAUCUUAAAAUUAUUUUACUGAAGUAAAUGAAACUGAUUAAUAAAAUUACUUAACAUAUGCUAAUAUUAAUUCAAUUCAUUUUUUAAAAGAAUAAAACAUAUCAUUUAUUAAUGAAUUUUUGUAAAAAUUCAAUUAAACUAAAUACUUAGAUUAAAAUACAUAAUAUUCAAUUAAAUUUUAAUUAUAAUUUAAUGUUUUAGGUGGUGAUAUUCUUUCUUAAUUUAUAUUAUAAAUUUAUGAUAUUGAAAAAGUAAAUAAGAAAAAAUCGAUUAAUAAUCCUUCAACUAGUUACUUUAGUCGAAUGAAAAAAACAGUUUCAAGUGAUCCCUUUAAUGAAUCUGAUUUUAAAUUAGAUUAUGAAGGUAUUAAUAAAUCAAUUAGUUUUAAUCCUCCAAUAAUUAAUAAGAUUAAUUAAGUUGCAAAUCAAGAUAUAGAUGAAAGUUAAAAAAAAUAAUCAUAUCUUUAUGAAAAUUAAUAGUAAUAAUAAUUAGUUUCUCCAAGAGGAAAUUAAGAAAUACUUAUAAAUAGGGAAUACGAUGAAGAAGAAGAUGAUGAGGAUUAAAAAUAAGCAUAUGAAAUUGCUAAAAGUAGUUCUUAGUAAAAUUAAAAUAAAUAGAAUGUAGAAUAAGUUAUAUAAUAAUAUAAAGAAUUAGAAUUAGAAUUUAAAGAUAAUGCAAAAUAAUCUUAAUCUAGUGCCACUUCUGAUAGAACUUAAAUGUCUGUAUUCAAUAUACUUAGAAAUCUACAAUAUACCUAAAGAUAUUAAACUACACUUAUAAAAGUAUUUUUCAAUACAACAUUUCUCUUUCUUAUAUUACUUUUAUCUGUCAUUCUUUAAUUAAUUAUUGCAAGAGGUAAUACAAAUAAUUUGUAACAUUAAAUACCUCUUGUUAGAUUACCUGAUAAAUUUAAUAGAUUAUAUUGUACAUUCACAGUUUUAGGAUAAAUAGACUUAGAAAUGAGAUUACUUGGUUUUAAUCAUGGAGAUUAUUAUGCCUAUCGAAUUUAAUAGGAAAGUGAUUAAAUAAGAGUACAAUUAUUAGAAUUAAUUGUUGAAAUAGAAAAAGAGUUUUCAGUCCUUGAAUAAAAAGGAAAAUUAAAUCAAGCUGAAAUCUUAAUUGUAAAUCAAUUUAUAUAUUCAGCUUAUAAUAUUUCCUUUUUGUAAUUCAAUUAAAUGGUUAAUGAAUAUACUCAAGCCUUAGAUAAACUAUUAGAUCAAAAUGAUGAGCUCUCUAUUACUAAUGAAUAAGUACGAUUGUUAUUCAUGAAAGCUAAUCUUAAUAAUUUAAUUGAUUUUGUAGGAAAUGUUGUAGAAAAUAUAGUCACUGAAUUUUUUACAAAUAUUGAUAAUUACCAAUUUUUAUAUCUGAUAUUUCUAUUUGUUCAACUUAUUAUUAUUAUCAUUGCUAUAUUGCUCUAAUUUAAAUUAUGGACAGAACCAUAUAUUUAUAAAUAAAAUAUACUUCUUAUGAUUUGUAGAGUAUAAGAAAAAGAUGUAGAAUUAUUAUUAUUAAAAUACAAGUCUUUUAAAGAUAUUUUAGUUAAUGAAAUUAGUAAAUGGAGAUAAAUUAAUUAUUUUAAAGAGUUCUUUACUUGUAGAAUAUCUCAAUUAAGAAAAAUCCAAAAAUUGACUCAUUAACAUUAAAUUGAUAAAAAAUUAUAAAAAUCAUAAUAAAGAGCCAAAUUAAAUUAAAGAAUUUAAGAGACUCAAUAUUCCAUAAUGCAUAUAUAUUUAAUGUUAUUUUUUUUAUGGUUUAUUUUGACUUCAUAUGUUUUAUCAUCUUAUUUAUUCUAAAAUAUUAAUAUAAUAGAUUCAUUGCCCGAAUUAAAUUUAUGUAUGAAGUUUGUAAGAUUUAAAUAAAGAUUUGAUAGUUGUAUGAUUAUAAGUUAAUUGGUAAAGAAUUAAAAUUUAUUAAGCGAAUAAUAGAAAAAAAGUAAAAUUUACUUCUAAAAUCCAGAAUAUAAUAAAACAAAUGGAUUUUUUUAGCAGAAUAUAAAAAUUCUAUUGGUUCAGUUUUAAACUAGUUUAAAUUUGUAAAAAGAAUAAUAUAAUUAAAUUUAUGAUAAUAUAGUUGCAUCUAGAAAAAUUAGUGCUAAAAAUAAAAACUUAUUGUUAGGUUUAUAUUAAGAUGAUCUUUGUGAUUAUAUUGGAGAUUAAUUACCAUUUUGCAAUUACUAGAAUGGGAAAUUUAAAUAUUUUCCAGAUUUUCCGUAGCCUUUUGAAAUAAAUAAUAAUAGAGAACGUUUAAAAUAAGGAUUUAAUGGGUUGUAUUAAGAGUAAAAAUUAAGUUUAAAUAUUUUAGAAUUUAAGCGCUUUUUUCAAGUAAAUUUGUAAAAGAGUUAAAUGGAGAAUUAGAAAGUGAUGUUGAUGAAAUUAUAAAUUUUUUGUAGUCAGCUGAAAAUUUAUAAUUAUUGAUGCCAUAUUUUUUUGAUCUUAAUAAAGCAAUAGUAGAAUUUUAUUCAACCAUAAUAUCAACAUCUGUAGAUAUUUUAGAAACAGAUUAUUAGAAUUAUUUAAUCUAUUAUAUAAUUUUUGGAUUAUUAGUUUCAGGUAUAUUAUUUGCUGUUGUAAUUUUUGAAACUAGAAAAUUAUAAAGAUAAAUUAGAGCAAUCAGAUAGGCAUUGAUAUUAUUACCUCAUGAAAGUUUAUUAGAUGUAUAAAUUUAUAAUGCAAUCAAGAGAUUUGAGUAAAAGAUGUGA